GUGGAUUUCAAAAGUUGUAAAAAAAAAAAAAGGUUGAAAACUAUACGUCGUUUUCUCUUUCAAAUCCCACUUUUCCUACUUCAAACAGAGUGUUACUUGUACUUCUUUCUGCUUCUUCUUUGUUGUCCGCUGUCUUCUUUGAACAAAGUGAGUCACUAUCUAACAACAUCUCUAAUCUUAUUGACCGCGCUUAACACCCCUGAUUAUAUUUCGCAAGUUGCAACAAUUUGUGUGGGUCUGUUAUUCUCAGUCUUACAAUCAGAUUUUUAAUCGCCCCAAUCUUCAACAUGAAACCCUCCUCUUUGAAAAAGAUUAAAGCCAGAUCAAAGGUGAUUGAUUCUAAAUGUAAGGAAGAAAGCGCCGCCGGCGACGAAACUUACAAUCUUCCAUCUUCGGUGGGGGGUGCUAGCUCUUCGGAGUCACUUCCAGAUAUCACAGAAGAAGCUAUUUCUGACGACAAGAAAUCUAUUCCUAUUCAUGUGGGUGAUUUCCAACAGGUUGAAGAAGCUGACUCUAAUAAGUCAACAAUAGUUCCUUCUAUGAUGCUGCUUAAAAUUAGUCAAACAAUGAGUGAUGAAUCGGAUAAUGAGGCAAGUAUGGAUAAAGAAAAUCAAGCACCAAUUAAAAAUGUUAGAGGUAAGCCAUCAGCUUGUGUUUUCGUUGCGAGUCUUUGUUCAACGUUAACUGAUGAUGAGUUAUGCAUAUCAGUAACCAAACAUUUUGAAAAAUGGGGGGAUUUGUCUACAGUUAAGGUUCUUCGUGAUACUUCAAAUCGUCCUUAUGCUUUUGUGCAAUAUACAAAUGAUAAUGACUGCAAAAGAGCAAUUAAAUUGGGUCAGGAUUCAUUGUCGAGUGGAAGAAGACUUAGAUGUGAAGCUGCCAAAGUAAAUAGAACCCUCUUUAUUUCUUCUAGCUCGAAACUUUCUGAAAAUGGUUUAAAAGAAUACUUAUCAAUUUUUGGUGAAUUUGAUGAUAUUAAACCCAGUGAUUCUGAUGGUUUGGUACAAAUUACUUCGAAUCCUGAAGAAACUUUUAAAAACUGGUUUGUCAAGUUUACCUAUAGAGAUGAUGCAAUUAGAGCAUAUGCUAAUUUAACUGAAAAGAGUGAUCUUGAAGUUGAAUGGGCACAAAAUCUUGAUGAAGGGCACUAUGGAGUGCUGCAUCACUUUAAUCCUAAAAAUGAAUCCGGUUCCCAAUCAAAGUCUUACGGGUUUGAUAGAUUUUCAAUUUUCAUUGGUCAAUUAAAUUCAAAUAUCACCAAGGAAGAAUUAACUGAUCGAUUUGAAAUUCAUGGAAAUAUCAAAGAUCUUUCCAUUAUUAGAAAAGAAAAUAAUACUUUUGCCUUCAUUACCUAUGAUGAUGAAUCUGCUGCUGCUAGUGCUGUUGAAAGAGAGAAUCAUUCAAUGUUAAAGGACAAAACAAUGCAUGUUCAAUACCGUGAAGUUCAUCAUUCUAAAAUUAAACCAAAUUCAACUCCUCAAUUGGGUUUUGCUCAUGCACCUCCUCCAAUCAAUCUUAUGAAAAGAAUAAACUCUAAUAAUAAACCUAAAAGUUUACUUUUUGAAAAUCCAACAAAAUCUCAUUAUUUGUAUCAACCACCACAGCAUCGCCAGAAUCAUCAACGCCAAAAUCAAAGCCAUUCUAAGCACCCAUAUCAGCGUCAACUGCAUCAUACAUCUUUUAAAACAAAAUCUAACAUUAAUGAUGUGGUUUCUACCAAUGGUCAAUCUAAAUUCAGUGGAUAUGGCUCACCAAAAUCUUACAAGAUCUUUCAUGAGAAUAGUCCCAAGAAACCGUUGAGAGCUUCUGAUGGCCUUUUCGAUUACAAACGUAAUGGUAAUAUUAAAGAAAAAGGUAAAGAUCAAGCAUCUUAUUCCAAGAAGGAUUUUUUUGGAUUAGAACAUGAUAAUAGAAAGUCAUAUAAUAUUUUCAAUGAUAUUGGGAAUAGUGUUUCCAAAGUUGAAAAUCGAUUAUCCAAGCAUGAGUCUCCUACUCCUCCAGAAACUAUGCAGUCAGAAUCUCGUCAUUUCUUGAAAAGUGGAUCCUCACCUUCUACUAACACUUUCAGUGACAGAUCGGAACCUUUGGGUAUGUCACAAGCGGAUCCUACAAUCCAAGCUUCUGAGGCUUCGAGUGAAAAAACCACAAAAUAUAAUAAUACUGAUAUUCCGUAUUACUAUUAUGUUCCACCCAACUAUUAUGGCUAUGGUGUCGGAAAUGGUGGAUACACCGAUAAGAAUAGUGGACCUUACGGUCCCUACUCAUAUAAUCGCAAUACUAAAAGCUAUCAAUACCCACUUUAUUACCCAACUCAUAACGAUGAGUAUUUAUGAUUUAUGAUUUAUGAUCUAUGAUUUAUGAUUUAUGAUUUAUGAUUUAUGAUUUAUGAUUUAUGAUUUAUGAUUCAUCCAUAUAGUCUACUACUGC